CCCUCUCCUCGCCGCUCUGACCUAUCCGCUUGCAACGGAACAUGAAUUACGAGCCAGUUCUCGAUUACAUGACUGCUUCUUUCAUGCUGGAAGAAAUGACUGACCGCUUAUUCAAGUUCAAAGGCUCUGAAAAACUCAGAGAUAUGGAUGCAGACCCUGAAGGGUGGCCAGCCGGAGACGAGCACUCGUCACCCGUUUAUUAAGCUUAUGAGCAAGGAGAUGAUGACCCGACUCAAGUCUGCAGUUGAUCCAUUUCACUGGCCGCAAUUCAUUUCCACGAAUGUUGAUUUCGCUAGGAACACCGUUCGCGAAGCUUUGGACCGUGAGAUGUUCAAAGGUUUGCAUGCAACACGCAAUCUUCACUCUUAUAUGAUCACUCGGCGCGAAACGAUUGGUGUUCGGCCGUGCCUCGUCUUGAUGCGGUCAGCCCGUCGUUUGUAUAUCCCGGACAGUGUACUUGAAAACGAUGCUGUCAUGGGCAUGGAGAAUGCCGCUUUAGAUAUGGUUUACAUUGCUAACGACAUUUACUCUUCUAAGAAGGAACAGGGUGAUAAUGGUGCCCUCAACAAUAUCAUAACGGUCAUAUUGAAAGACCCAGACACUUCACACCUUGAUUUACAGGGGACCAUUAAUUACGCAGGGGAUCUUUUCGAGGCAGCCCUGGACGAUUUUCACGCAUGCAGAGGCAGGAUCCCCUCUUUUGGUACCGAAAUGGACAAAUUCUUGUCUGCGUACGGGGAUGGUUUGAUAGACUGGGCGAUUGGAAACAUCGAGUGGGGCGUUGUCAACAACCGCUACAAGGUCUUUUGCAACGAUUCUGACAGGAGGAGUAAUGUGUUGAGGUUAGACAACCAGCGCAAUCUCCAUAUCCGUUCUGUAAUAUGUUUUAUCUUGCUGAUCGCGCUCAUUUUUUUUACUACUAUAAUCCUACUCUGUGACUGAUGCAUAUGUCACGUUGACUAUCCCUUUCUUUCUCUUCAAGUUUUGCUCUGUAGCUAC